CUUCGUUGCAAUUUUGCCAGAUAUUGAACAAGAUGUAGUAGAGCUCGCUCAAAGUAUAGAAAUGCUAAAUUUGAAAUCGGAUAUCAUUGACAACUUACACCAACAGCACGUGAAUGUUUCGAUACCGAAAAUUGAUACGACUACUACAACAGAUUUAAAAGAAAUUUUAAGAAAGAAUGGGGUUACAGAUAUAUUUAAUACUAAUUCUACUGGUUUGUCCGGCAUACUGCAAUACCCAGAAUACUUGUAUGUUUCGACAGCAAUUCAAAAGGCAAAAAUAAUAGUAAAUGAAUUAGGCUCUGAAGCAGCGGCGGCAAAUGCUGCUGUAAUAUCUACCAGAUCUGCAAUGAUUGUCUCAAGAAUAUCGAAAUUUGAAGCAAAUCACCCUUUUCUUUACUAUAUUAUGUUCCAAGGGACUCCCAUAUUUGCUGGACUAUACACAGGCUAGAUACCUACUACCUUAUCAAGA